CUCACCUCUUCUCUUUCUCUCUCUCUCUCUCCUCACAAUUGGAAUUCAUCAUCCUCAACUUGAUCUCAUCCUUUGAAGACGACCCCAGUCUCGUGUUUGCUCGAAUCAUUGUCGCAUCCGAGCGAUUGGGAGGUGUCUUGGGGAAGCUUCGUCGCAAUUGCCUCACAGCAUGAACUAAAGACACACCGGCUUCCUCCCCCAUCUUAUACCACCUAUUGCCUCUCUCUGUCCUCUCGUGUUCGCCCUCUAUUCUUGACGAUGGCUGAACCGACCAAGAUCAGUAUUCUGGGUCAUGAGAGUAUAAUCGCUGAUUUCGGCCUCUGGCGGAACUAUGUCGCCCAGGACCUGAUCAGCGGUUGUCCCUCCACCACCUACGUUCUUAUUACCGAUACAAAUAUCGGAUCCAUCUAUACCCCUGGCUUCGAGAAGGCUUUCGAAGAUGCCGCCGCCUCCGUUUCCCCUUCCCCGCGCCUCCUCGUCUACAACGUUCCUCCAGGAGAAGUCUCCAAGUCCCGACAGACAAAAGCCGACAUUGAAGACUGGAUGUUGAGUCAGAGCCCUCCAUGUGGUCGGGAUACAGUGGUCAUCGCCCUCGGUGGUGGAGUGAUUGGUGAUCUGACAGGUUUCGUUGCUGCGACUUAUAUGCGCGGCGUUCGCUUUGUGCAGGUCCCCACCACCCUGCUCGCUAUGGUCGACUCUUCAAUCGGCGGUAAAACCGCGAUUGACACCCCAUUGGGGAAGAACUUGAUUGGAGCAAUCUGGCAACCAACAAGGAUUUACAUUGAUUUGGAGUUUCUCGAGACUCUACCCGUUCGGGAGUUCAUUAACGGUAUGGCGGAGGUUAUCAAGACUGCCGCCAUCUCCAGCGAGGAGGAAUUUACUGCCCUGGAAGACCACGCAGAGACCAUCCUAGAGGCUGUUCGCCGUGAUCUCAAACCAGGUCAACACAGAUUUAAAGGAAUUGAGGAAAUUCUGAAGGCCAGAAUUCUGGCGUCUGCGCGCCACAAGGCAUUUGUUGUUUCUGCAGAUGAGCGCGAGGGUGGUCUCCGCAACUUGCUGAACUGGGGCCACUCCAUUGGUCACGCCAUUGAAGCCAUUCUCACUCCUCAAAUUCUUCAUGGAGAAUGCGUUGCAAUUGGUAUGGUGAAGGAAGCUGAAUUGGCCCGACACCUUGGUAUUCUGAAGGGUGUUGCUGUCUCUCGCAUUGUGAAGUGUCUUACCGCGUAUGGCUUACCCACAUCAUUGAAGGAUGCCCGGAUUCGCAAACUUACCGCUGGCAAGCACUGCUCAGUCGACCAGCUGCUAUUCAAUAUGGCCUUGGAUAAGAAGAAUGACGGCCCAAAGAAAAAGGUGGUCCUGCUCUCUGCCAUCGGUCGCACUUACGAGCCACGUGCUAGUGUGGUCGCCAACGAGGACAUCAGCGUUGUCCUUGCGCCCAGCAUCGAGGUACACCCAGGCGUCGCGCAGUCCUUGAACGUUGUCUGUGCUCCCCCCGGAUCAAAGAGUAUCUCUAACCGUGCCUUGGUUCUGGCUGCGCUCGGUUCGGGAACCUGCCGAGUCAAGAAUUUGUUGCACUCAGAUGACACUGAGGUCAUGCUGAAUGCCCUGGAAAGACUAGGCGCAGCUACCUUCUCAUGGGAAGAAGAGGGCGAAGUCUUAGUCGUAAAUGGCAAGGGCGGAAACCUGCAAGCACAUCCCUCUCCUCUGUACCUUGGCAAUGCCGGAACAGCCUCCAGAUUCCUUACCACAGUCGCAACUUUGGCCAAUCCCAGCAACACAGACUCAAGUGUUCUCACAGGUAACAACCGUAUGAAGCAACGUCCAAUCGGUGACCUGGUGGAUGCUUUGAGAGCCAACGGUGCGUCCGUCGAAUACAUGGAAAGGACUGGUAGUCUUCCUCUCAAAAUCGCUGCCUCUGGCGGCUUUGCUGGGGGAAAUAUUAACCUCGCCGCUAAAGUAUCGUCUCAGUACGUUUCCUCGCUGCUCAUGUGUGCUCCCUACGCCAAGGAGCCUGUGACCUUGAAACUAGUUGGUGGAAAGCCCAUCUCCCAACCAUAUAUCGACAUGACUACCGCGAUGAUGCGCUCUUUUGGUAUUGAUGUGCAAAAAUCCACCACCGAAGAGCAUACCUACCAUAUUCCCCAAGGUCGCUAUGUCAACCCUGCAGAAUAUGUCGUUGAGAGUGAUGCUAGCUCCGCCACUUACCCACUUGCGAUUGCCGCGGUUACUGGUACCACCUGCACGGUCCCCAACAUUGGAUCUGCCUCUCUCCAAGGCGAUGCCCGUUUCGCUGUCGAGGUCCUGCAACCUAUGGGCUGCACUGUUGAGCAAACUGAAACCUCAACCACGGUUACCGGACCCUCCGAUGGUAUCUUGCGCCCGCUCCCUAACGUGGAUAUGGAGCCCAUGACAGACGCCUUCCUUGGUGCGUCUGUACUUGCUGCUAUCGCCCGCGGGAAAGAUGGAAAUCACACUACCCGUAUUUAUGGAAUCGCCAAUCAGCGUGUAAAGGAGUGUAACCGGAUCAAAGCUAUGAAAGAUGAACUUGCGAAAUUCGGGGUCGUUUGUCGUGAACACGAUGAUGGCCUUGAGAUCGAUGGAAUCGACCGCACCACUCUACGCCAACCUGCUGGUGGAGUUUUCUGCUACGAUGAUCAUCGUGUUGCAUUUAGUUUCAGUGUUCUAUCCCUUGUGACUCCCCAACCAACCCUUAUCCUCGAAAAGGAAUGUGUUGGGAAAACAUGGCCUGGUUGGUGGGAUACUCUGCGGCAGAUGUUCAGCGUGAAGCUUGACGGUAGAGAGCUCAAAGAGGAGGACACUGCCACUCACAGCCACACUGACAAGGCAAAUGCUUCGAUCUUCAUCAUUGGCAUGCGCGGUGCUGGAAAGACCACUGCCGGAAGCUGGGUGUCCAAGUCGCUCAACCGGCCAUUCAUCGACCUGGAUACCGAGCUUGAGACUUCCGAAGGCAUGACUAUUCCUGAUAUCAUCAAGACCCGCGGCUGGCAAGGCUUCAGAGACGCAGAACUAGCGAUCCUACAACGUACAUUGAAGGAACGUUCCAAGGGCUACGUUUUCGCCUGUGGUGGUGGUGUCGUUGAAAUGCCCGAAGCCCGGAAGCUGCUCAUUGACUAUCACAAGACUAAGGGAAAUGUCCUACUCCUCAUGCGUAACCUCAAAGAUGUCAUGGAAUUCCUUUCUAUCGACAAAACCCGCCCUGCCUAUGUCGAAGACAUGAUGGGUGUGUGGCUACGACGUAAGCCUUGGUUCCAAGAAUGCAGCAAUAUCCAGUACUACAGCCAGACUUCAAACUCGGGACUAGCCCGGGCGUCUGAGGACUUCGACCAAUUCCUCCAGGUCGUCACCGGACAGUCAGAUAGCCUGGCCACUAUCAAGAAGAAGGCGCACUCCUUCUUCGUGUCCUUGACAUUGCCAGACCUACGAGAUGCUGGCAAUAUUUUAGAAGAAGCAUGCGUAGGAUCCGACGCUGUGGAGCUGCGGGUGGAUCUUCUCAAGGAGCCCAACUCGGAGAGUGACCUUCCAUCCGUCGAUUAUGUCGUGGAACAAUUGUCUUUCCUCCGUAGCCGCAUUUCUCUUCCGCUUAUUUUCACCAUCCGUACAAAGGGACAAGGUGGUCGCUUCCCUGAUGAUGCCCAUGAGGCAGCCAUGGAGCUGUACCGUCUUGCAGUCAGGUCUGGUGUCGAAUUUGUUGAUCUCGAAAUCGCCUUCCCGGACGAGAUGCUACGAGCAGUAACGGAGAUGAAGGGAUAUUCUAAGAUUAUUGCGUCGCACCACGACCCCAAGGGUGAGCUCUCAUGGGCUAAUAUGUCCUGGAUGAAAUUCUACAACAAGGCGCUAGAGUACGGCGAUGUGAUCAAGCUCGUGGGAGUCGCCAGCAGUCUGGAUGAUAAUGCAGCUCUGAGAAAAUUCAAAACCUGGGCUGCCGAAGCUCACGAUGUUCCUCUGAUCGCGAUCAAUAUGGGCGAUACCGGACAGCUUAGCCGCAUUCUGAACGGCUUCAUGACACCUGUCUCUCAUCCCAGCCUGCCAUUCAAGGCUGCCCCUGGCCAGCUCUCUGCAACUGAGAUUCGCAAGGGUCUAUCUCUCAUGGGCGAGAUCAAGUCUAAGAAGUUUGCUAUCUUUGGCAGUCCUGUCUCAGCUUCCCGCUCUCCUGCUCUCCACAACACCCUCUUCUCGCAAGUCGGUCUUCCCCAUGAGUACGUCCGCCUCGAGACCGCCAAUGCACAGGAUGUAAAGGAGUUUAUUCGCUCUCCGGGUUUUGGAGGAGCGUCAGUAACAAUCCCCCUGAAGCUGGACAUCAUGCCAUUGUUGGACGAAGUCGCUGCUGAAGCUGAAAUCAUCGGUGCUGUGAACACAAUUAUCCCCGUGUCCGGUGGCGAAGGUAAGCCAACACGUCUGAUUGGUCGUAACACCGAUUGGUUAGGAAUGAUCCUCUCUCUUCGUAACGCUGGCGUGUACGGUUCCAACGGAGGCGAGAGUGCCCUCGUCGUUGGCGGCGGAGGAACCGCCCGGGCGGCUAUUUACGCCCUCCACAACAUGGGAUACUCCCCGAUCUACAUUGUGGGACGAUCCCCCGCGAAGCUCCAGAACAUGGUCUCGACCUUCCCCAGCAGCUACAACAUCCGGAUUAUCGAGGGUAACGAGAAACUUGACACGAUCCCGCACGUCGCCAUUGGUACAAUUCCGGCCGACCAGCCCAUCGACUCCAGCAUGCGCGAAACUCUCUGUCAUAUGUUCGAGCGGGCCCAGGAAGCGGAUGCAGAGACGAUCAAAACCGUUGAGGGGUCCCCCAGGGUGCUUCUGGAGAUGGCCUACAAGCCCGCGGUGACGGCGCUGAUGCAACUAGCGUCUGAUUCCGGAUGGAACACCAUUCCAGGCCUUGAGGUUCUUGUGGGACAGGGGUGGUACCAGUUCAAAUACUGGACCGGAAUUUCGCCGCUCUAUGAAAGCGCACGGGCCGCUGUCCUCGGCACACCUAGUCCGUCUUCGUCAUAAUCAGAUUUGAUCCACCAAAAGCGCUGAUCUUGAUAUUGAGUUUAGCAUUCUACCAAUUCAACUCCAUUUCGGUAUUCAUGUCAUUAUCAUCAUCAUCAUCAUGCCUUAGCAGUAGCGAAUGUUAUAUAUACUAGUAGUAUACUUUGAAACGCUGUACUAUACGCAAAAGAGCAAACCUGUUACAUACUUUAUGAGUCC